CACUUGCGUCUCAUUAAUCCCGUCAAAGCGGAAAUAGGUAACAGUACACUAGUUUUUUUAAUGAUAAAAAUAGAUUGUGUUUUUUAGUAAUAUAAAAGAGAGAGAGAGAGAGGAGAGGAGAGUGUGGAAAGCUUUCGGCUAAGCUUGCUGAAACUGGCCUCGUCUAUGCUGUAUUGGGCAGUUAGGGGAAUACAAAGAUCUUUGAACACCACCUUCUUUAUUGCCUUUUUCCAACACCUACCUCUUUCUCUCUCACACUAGUCCUAGCUAUACGUCUGCCUCAGAAAAGUAACACAGGUCAUUCUUCAAGAAUGUGGGAUCUGAAUGACUCUCCCCAUCAGAGGAAGGACUAUGAAUCUGAAGGUUGCUCUUCGUUGGAUGAUGAUAAAGGCAGGAGAGUGGGAUAUGUUUCAAAUUCAAGUUCCUCUGCUGUGGUCCUCGAAGAUGGAUUGGAAGAAGAAGACAGUGACAGGGGUGGAAGCAGAACAUUGGAGAGAAAAAGUAGUAAAAUAUUCGGCUUUUCAGUUACACACAAUGACAGUGACCACCCACCCGUCACCCAGCAGUUUUUUUCGGUGGAUUCCGAUCUUCCUGUCUCCGAAGCAGCUGCCGUCGCCCGCGGAAGCUCCUUCCCUCGAGCUCACUGGGUAGAUGUGAAAUUCCGUCAAUCGGAAACUCUUAGCGCCGGAAAAUCAGUGAAAGUGUCGGAGCCGAUGAAGAAAAGUCGGCGAGGACCACGGUCACGAAGCUCACAGUAUCGCGGAGUUACCUUUUACAGAAGAACUGGUAGAUGGGAGUCUCAUAUAUGGGAUUGUGGAAAGCAAGUGUAUUUGGGUGGAUUUGACACAGCACAUGCAGCUGCUCGUGCUUAUGAUAGAGCGGCCAUUAAGUUCCGGGGAGUGGAGGCAGAUAUAAACUUCAACAUAGAAGACUAUGAAGAAGAUUUGAAGCAGAUGAACAAUUUAACCAAGGAAGAGUUUGUGCACGUACUUCGCCGACAAAGCACUGGAUUUCCGAGAGGAAGCUCCAAAUAUAGAGGUGUAACUUUGCACAAGUGUGGACGAUGGGAGGCUCGAAUGGGCCAAUUUUUGGGAAAAAAGUACGUUUAUCUGGGUCUGUUUGACACCGAGAUUGAAGCUGCAAGGGCAUAUGACAAAGCGGCAAUAAAAUGCAACGGCAAAGAGGCCGUCACCAAUUUUGAUCCCAGCGUAUAUGAUAAUGAACUUAAUUCUGAUUCCUCAGGUGUAGCUGCAGAUCACAAUCUGGAUUUGAGUUUGGGCAAUUUGAGCUCUAGGCCUGGCAAUGGUCAAAUAUCGGGGAAUCACUUCCCAAAUUCUGCGUCCGAUCAACACCUGCCACCUGCAUCUAGUUGGAGGAAUGGAGGAACUAAUCCUAAGAUUCAUCUUGUAAAUAUACUACCAAAACCAUGUGAUAGGAGCAACAUGGAAGCCUAUGCAAGAGAUUGGCUCGGGGAGAGUGAAACCUUGAGACUGCUAAGCCAAACUCACCUUCAAUCUCCAACGACCAAAGAAAUGCAUAGAUAUGGUCCAUAUAGGUCACCUGCUGAGCCUCAACUGUCUCAUAAUUUUGCACGUCUUCACCCACCAAUUUUUCAUAACAUGCAGGUUCCCAGCAGCAGCAACAACGGAGGCCGUAUUGGAAGCGAUCUUUCGUUAUCAAUGUCUGAUGAACAGCAAUGGCAAGCCGGGCAUCCACAUUUGUUAGCAACUGCUGCAGCAUCAUCAGGAUUCCCACCUCAGAUUACACCCUCCCUAAGUUGGUAGCAGAAAAAUGGGUUCCACUCCCUCAAUUCAUGACCCUUCAAGAUUAUUUAUACAUGAGUGUAACUUUACUAAUGGGGUGAAAGAAGGGAUGAAAAAAAAGGGGAAACCCAAAUUGGGAACUCGCUGGUUUUUGUACAAUAGGUCAGUCAAAGCUAACCAACUGACGAAAUCUUGAACUGACUAAAAUUUUCUGAUCUUAUAUAGCUAUAUGAUUGCAUUUCUGCUGCGCUAUAGUAUUUAUGACAGCACAUAUUCAUUUCUUAAUUUGGGAUGCAUAUCCAUCACUCACACAUGGUUGUCAAUUUGUUCCUUAUUUCUGCUGGGAUCGGUAUUGGCCUUGAAAACUUAGCAAAGGAAAGAUGCUAGCUUGGGUUCCUUCCUUAACAGUGCAGGUUUUGUUUAGCUUUUGACAUUAAACACUGAGACAGAUUUUAGUUUCGUAUUAGCUGGGAAACAUUUUUUACUCCUACGCUAAGAGAGACAGUUAUAGUUAGAGAGAGGGUUAUUUAUUUGGUGUCUUGGAAAAAUCACCGGAUGGUUAUGAAUGGUCUCAAUCAAUGGUGUCCUUUGAGUCAGUUCUCUUGGCCAAAAGCAGUGAGACAAAGGCUAUUAUGACGAGAAGGACCUAUCAUUUUUCGUUUAAAGCUUCGAAAGGACAAUGAUGCAUUGGGUGAGAGGGAGAGAUAAGGAAGCUACCAAAAGGGUAUAAAUGGUGAAGGGGUUGGCUUGCUUGGGGGUUUAAAGCCUCUGUCAGUUUUAACUUUUAGGAGAAAGAAAAAUUGAUGAGUACUACGUACUAAUACCCAUGUUAAUUAACUGGGGAAAAACAGGUAUGGGGCCAUUUAUUUAUGGGAUGUAACUUUAUGGGAACAGAGCAGAGGAGUAAUUGGUUUGUGCAACAGUUGUGUUUUCAAUGAUUAUAGACUUGUGAGUAUGAGAGGGAACAGCAUCUGAAUGGUUAAUGAACCAGAGACUUAAAAAAAUUGCCUUGUAUGAGUGGAUGGAUUUUGUUUAAAAUAUUCUUAUGCAGUCUCUACUUGCAAUUUGAAUA